ACAAUCGAAAGGACUGCAAGCCCGGUAUGGCUCCUCUCGCUCGAUCUCGUCCAGUAGUACUAUAAAGUAGUAGUGCUUGCUGUACUACUAGUGUACAGUUGAACCGCACUCCUGUUCACGCCUCCGAUUAUGAAGUUCACGUAGGGCUUUAGAGUUAGACAAAAUAAAUCUACCAUCACUGAGACUUUGAGAGGAAUUUGACAUUCUGUCCUUCGUCCUGUUUCUCAAUUUGGAUACCUAGCUCUACUGACUGUCUCGUCUUAAUUAUUUUCGAGCACUAGCACUGUCUGCACUGUGACUUGUGAGUGACGUGACUGCAGCAGUCAUGCCGUCUUUCAAAGUUGCUGACAUCAGCCUGGCAGAGUUUGGCCGCAAGGAGAUAGAGCUUGCAGAGAAUGAGAUGCCUGGUUUGAUGGAGAUGAGGAAGAAGUAUGGACCCAGCAAGCCACUUAAAGGUGCCCGUAUUGCUGGAUGUCUUCACAUGACCAUUCAGACGGCUGUUCUUAUUGAAACUCUCACAGAGCUCGGAGCUGAGGUCCAAUGGUCCAGUAGCAAUGUAUUCUCCACCCAGGACCAUGCGGCUGCUGCCAUUGCCAAGACGGGGGUGCCAGUGUAUGCCUGGAAGGGAGAGACCGAUGAGGAGUUAAUAUGGUGUAUAGAGCAGACAUUGGUGUUCAAGGAUGGUCAACCCUUAAACAUGAUUCUUGAUGAUGGUAGUAACUUGGUCUCCUUGAUUCACAAGAAACAUCCUGAAUUAUUAAAAGGUAUCAGAGGUGCUUCUGAAGAGACCACAGCUGGCAUACACAGUCUUAAUAAGCUUACAAAGGAUGGUAGUCUUAAACUGCCUGUCAUCAACGUGAAUGACUCCGUCACAAAGAGCAAGUUUGACAACCUGUAUGGCUGUCGUGAAUCUCUGGUCGAUGGCAUCAAGAGGGCGACAGAUAUCAUGCUUGCUGGCAAGAUCUGUGUAGUUGCUGGUUACGGUGAUGUGGGUAAAGGAAGUGCCCAGUCCUUGAGAGCUUUCGGUGCCCGUGUACUCAUCACGGAGGUGGAUCCCAUCAACGCUCUUCAGGCUUCCAUGGAAGGUUACCAAGUUACAUCCAUGGAAGAGGCUUGCAAACUGGGCCACAUUUUUGUCACAACCACUGGAUGUCAGAAUGUCCUAAGUGGCCACCAAUUCCUUGAGAUGCCUAAUGAUGCCAUUGUCUGCAACAUUGGACAUUUCAGUACCGAGUUUGAUGUGUCAUGGCUUAACAGAAAUGCAGUUGAGAAGGAUACCAUCAAACCACAGGUGGACCGUUACAAGCUGGAGAAUGGCAGACACAUUAUUGUUCUAGCCGAGGGCAGCCUUGUUAAUUUGGGCUGUGCCAUGGGACACCCCAGCUUUGUCAUGUCUACAUCCUUCACGAACCAAGUCCUGGCCCAGUUAGAGAUUUGGACCGAUACUGGGGCCUAUGGUGUUGGUGUCCAUCGGCUUCCUAAGAAGCUUGACGAAGAAGUUGCCCGUCUUCAUCUAGAUCACCUCGGGAUCAAACUGACCUGUCUUACAGAUUCUCAGUCCAAUUACCUUGGAAUUCCUAAAGAAGGACCCUACAAACCUGAGCACUAUCGGUACUAGCCUUAAGGACUUGGUCAAAAUCUGCCUCAUGAUCAUCAGCUUCUCACUUUUAAUGUAUAUAAGUGAAAUUUUAAAUUACUUCACCAUGAUGGCACCUUGCACUGAUACACAGAAUGUUUUCAUCAAGGGAUAGCUUUGAAGCUGCUGAAAGGGAUUACUCUUCAAGCUUUGGAUUCUUUGAAACAGGUGCAACAAACCUACAACCUCUACCUUUGAGACAGGCCCUGCAAAUGGUAUUGUUAAUAGCCAAAGUUCAAGUAAAAGUAAAAGCUACUACAUUUGAUUUUAGAACAACUCAUCAAGUACAUUCUCAGUCCUGAUCAUUCUUACAAUGUGGGUGAUUGUGACUUUUACCAUGUAUGUUCGAGUGCUGGGACUUUUAGCCUAAAGGAGGACUAAAGUGACCUGUAAACAUAACAGUAGAGGGUUCUCGGUGUAGUGGUUCAGUCACUUGAUUCUUAAAUCCCCCCAGUGCUAAUGUCCUUUGGCAAGGCACUUAUCCACGCGUUCAUCACUCUCCACCCAGGUGUUAAAUGGGUACCUGGUAGGAAGUGAUAGUCAAUGUUAUUAGAUUGGUAUGUGUGCACCGAUAAAACGAUUGCCUGGCCAGGAUACUCCCCAGGGAGUGGAGAUGGUGCACUUUUUGUGUGGAACUGUGAUGGCCCCUAUGACUAAUAAUUACAAUGUAAAGCACUUGGAAACCAAUGUAUGAAGCACUAUAUAAAUGUAACUAUUAUUAUUUCUAUUAUUAUAUUCUCAAUAAUAUUAUUACUUAAAAAUUGAAAUUUGGACAAUAGAAGUUUCUAGGCUCUACACAUCCUUGGUUCUAAUGAUUAAAGUGAUUGAUAAACACUUGAGAUUUCAUAAUUCAAAUAGAUAUUUUUGGAUGCCAGAAAAAUAUUGGCACAGGCUCUCAAGAUUUCUGUAAUUCAUAUUCUCUUUCAGGAUACUGCCAAUUCUUCAAAAUGGCCCUCAUUUUUUAAAACAGGAUCAAAUUUGUUUGAUUUAUCUGUAUAUAUUUAUUAUAUAUGAUAUUUAUUAAAUAAAGUUUUUGAGAUUUUUUGUAUUAGAUCCUUCAAAUAUUGCACAGGAACUAUAAAAAUGAUUGAAAUUUAUGAUUCAAAAUUCUGCAUUCCUAUUUGUAAUUGGUAAUAUUGUAGCAUAAUUACGGGACUAGCGGGGUAGCGUUCUACUUCUCAGGCGUUCUCACAGAACCCAAUUCACGUCUCUCGAAUAUCUCACUCUCUCGAUCAGAUUCUAUCACAUUGGUAUAUUGUGCAAGCAACCCAUGUGACUCACCAUAUGUGUCUCUCAAUCCUUUAUCAUUCACACCCAAAUGAAACUAGAACAAGGUAAAGGGAAUCUGACGAGAUAUCUGAAAUGAAUUAUAAUGACUUUGAUCUGAGUACUUUUCUUGACACGCCUUCUCUUUAUGACAGCUCAUCACAAUCUGCCAAAAUUAUACUGCAGUCACAUUUUACUCGCCACCCGGCCCUCUACAGGUCGUAAGCCAGUUAUGUUACAGUAUAAUAUGAGACAAUUUUUUGUUCACAUCAGACCCAUAAAUAUGUGAAAGAUUAUUAUUAGGUUGUUAAAGGUAGAGUAAGUAAAUUUAUUAUUUCAUGUAAAACUGCUUGGUUUUAUUUUGUAAGUACAUGGUAUUGAACAUUUUGCAGGAGGUUGAUGGACUUGGACAAAAAUUUUGUAAAUUUGAUUUGAAUUAUUAAAUGAAAUGUUAUACUGUAUAUGUAAAUAGAAACACUAAAGUAUUUAAUUUUUGUUAAAUAAGAUUGAUAUAUUUUUGACAUAAUCUGAAAUAUAAAAAAUCACCACAAAUCAUGAUUACUUAUUUGUUAGGAGCUAUGUACAAUAAAAACUAUUUAAUUGCGUUACAUCAAAAGUAUGAGCAAGUAUUUAGCAAUAUAAAUGGUUGAAUAUGUGUGGUUAAUGUCUUUGUGCCUUAAAAGCUUGGAAAAUAAAUCAUAUAAUUAUUUUUUUGCAUG